AUGUCCGCUAGAGUGACUCAGUCCAUCCACACCGCACAUUUGUCUCAUUCAGUCCCAUUGCUCAUGCUUUAUCACAAUCCCUCUGGUCGCCCAGUUAAAUACUAUGUGUUAACCUUAUUUCCAUUGCGACUCAUCAUUAAAAAAAAUUUCUUUCAGGUAUAUAUCAGAACAACAAAAAACAUAAUAAUUGAAGUUAACCCCAAGAUUCGGAUACCGAGAACGUUUGACAGAUUCUGUGGAUUGAUGGUUCAGCUUCUUCAUAAACUGUCUAUUCAUGCUGUUGGGGGUAAUCGUGAAAAAUUGCUUAAGAUUGUAAAAAACCCCGUUACACGAUAUUUUCCGCCUGGCUCGCUCAAAAUUGGUACGUCGGUCUCUUCGGAUAUUGUAAAUCUCCGUGAACUUGCUGUUGAAUCACAAGAUAUAAUUGUGUUCGUAAUAGGCGCAAUGGCUCAUGGAUCAAUUCUUUCUACCUCUGGUGAUUUUUUGGAUCGGCUUAUAUCUAUUAGCCAUUUCCCUCUUUCCGCUGCACAGACUUGCUCUAGGAUAUGUACGGCCUUUGAAGAGGCCUGGCAUGUGGAAGGCGAAGUAUCUCCUAGAGUAUCUAACGAUAAAAAAGAAUAA